UGUGACACGGAUGAUAAUGCAUUAACGUAAAGGACGGUAGCGACGGCACUACACGUUUGUAACGUAGUCUCUUGCGCCGGCGACUAUUUGGCGUCAGUACUCGCCGAACCUCCUCCCAGAGCCCAUCGCGAGCUCAUCAACCACUCGACAUAUUUAGACGAAUAAAAAUGGGUUUAGACAUCAAAUCUGUGCUGGUAGCCGACGGAGUCGGAUCUAACUGCCAAGAAAUCCUCAACUCACAUGGAAUCCAUGUCGUCAACAGACCAAAGAUUUCCAAACAAGAACUUCUUGAAGAAAUCCCUAAACAUGAAGCUUUGGUGGUCCGUUCCGCUUCCCAAGUGACCAAAGAAGUGCUGGAGGCGGGCAAGAAGCUGAAGGUGGUCGGCCGCGCCGGCGCCGGGGUCGACAACAUCGACGUCGCCGCCGCGGGCGCCAAGGGAAUCGGUGUCAUUAACGCCCCCGGAGCUAACGCGAUGAGCGCCUGCGAGCUGACGUGCGGUCUGAUGCUGGCACUGGCGCGGCACGUGGUGCCGGCGGCGUCGGCGCUCCGCGCGGGCCGCUGGGAGCGCGCGCAGUACACCGGCACCGAGCUGCAGGGCAAGACUCUGGCCGUGCUCGGCCUGGGCCGCGUCGGGCGAGAGGUCGCCGUCAGAAUGCACGCUUUCGGAAUGACGAUCGUAGGCUUCGACCCCUUCGUGUCAGCCGAGCAGUGCAAAGAAUUCCACACAACCAAGAUGGAGUUGGAACAGAUCUGGCCUGUGGCCGACUACAUCACCCUACACACACCUCUCAUUGAGUCUACGAGAAAUUUCAUUAACGCCGACGUGCUGAAGAAGUGCAAGAAAGGCAUCAAGAUCGUGAACGUCGGCCGCGGAGGCCUAAUCCACGAGCGGGACCUACUUGAUGCUCUCAACGCAGGCCAGGUUGGCGCCGCCGCAUUAGACGUGUUCGAGCAGGAACCCCCCACAGACCCCCUCACGCUGGAGAUCAUCCAGCACCCGGCGGUCAUCGCCACCCCUCAUUUAGGUGCGUCGACCAAGGAGGCGCAAGUGCGCGUGGGCCAGGAGAUUGCCGAGCAGCUCGUGAACCUCGUGAAGCCGGGCACCUACAACACGCCGCUCGCUGAAGUCACCCGCGUCCUCAAGCAAUAAUAUGUGCCCCUGAAUAGGCACCCUGCUAGUUGCGAGUAACAAUGUACCAACUGUACAAUAUCUAACUCUUACAGGGGGUCGAUGUUCGACCCCGAAUUGAGAGUACUGAUACUGGUUCUUCUUUUGGCUAAGAUAUUACCAUACCCGUGUGAAACAUUUCAAUUUAAAACAUGUGGAGCUUUCCAUCAGCAUAUUUAAAAGGAAGAAAUAAUCCCAUUGAUAGACCAAACGGGAAGUACGCUUGGUUGGUACAAUUUUGCCUACUAGCAAAUAUAGUAAGUACGUACUAUUAUUACAUUGUAAUAUACUUAGUAUUAACUCAAUAUAAAAUAUUGAUAACAAUAAACAUAUUUUUGUACA